CUGGGACAGCCAUAAACAUAAUGAUGGGUAAACUCUGAGUAUUUAAACCCCCUGUUAAAAUUAUAGGUUGAUGCACCACUGCAUUGUAACUUUCCCUUUAAGAAUCCUCUGGCUAAAGGCAAUAUAGUGAAAUGCAGGAGGUGGGGACAAAAAAAAAAAAAAAAGAAGAAGAAGACGUGAAGGCAGGGAAAGUUUCUUCAGAGGAAAAAUGCAGGGUUUGUCCUUUGCCCUGACGUCAGAUCUGUCUUUAAUAAAAUCCCCGAAGAGCCAGGAGAAAAAUGCAGAUCUGCCUGACUCGCUAGGCUGCCAGUUGAGGAUUGCUCUGCAUUUCCAACGUGGUGUUUUUGUACAAAACGGCUCUAAAUCUGGGUUCAAUCAAUGUAUUUAAUCCUGGCUUCCAGUGAUGAGGUGGCUUCUGCCCUGGUUUCUAGCAACAAGCAGCAUUUUGCAGGCCGUGUCCCAGGACUCCACGACCAUGCCCCCUACUGUCACCGUCGUGACUGAGGGCUACACACGGACUCAGUACUGUAAGUGGCCAUGCGAGUGUCCCAAGUGGCCCCCUCGGUGCCCGGCAGGGGUCAGCCUGAUCACCGAUGGCUGCGAGUGCUGCAAGGCGUGUGCCAAACAGAUUGGAGAGAAUUGCACGGAGGCUGAUACCUGUGACUUCCAUAGGGGCUUGUACUGUGACUACAGUGGAGACAGACCUAGGUACGAAAUAGGAGUAUGUGCACAAAUUAUGGGCGUGGGCUGUGUCCUUAACGGAAUCCGGUAUAAGAACGGAGAGACCUUCCAGCCCAAUUGCAAGUACAAUUGCACAUGCAUUAAUGGGGCUGUGGGCUGUAUGUCAUUGUGCACCAACUCACGCCCCCCGCUCGUCUGGUGCCCGAACCCAAAGCAAGUUAAGAUAGCAGGCAAGUGCUGCGAGCAGUGGAUCUGUGAUGACUCAAAAAAGAUCAGGAAGACAUCGCCACGACAUAUCUCCUCUGCAGCUUACGAAGGAGAGAAUGAAUCCUGGCAGAAGAACUGCAUUAUUCACACCUCAUCCUGGAGCCUCUGCUCGAAAACCUGCGGGCUGGGGAUAUCAACGAGAAUUUCCAAUGACAACGACCAGUGCCAGCUCAUGAAAGAGAGUCGCCUCUGCAACGUGCGGCCCUGUGAGGUGGAUAUAAACAAACACAUUAAGCCUGGGAAGAAAUGCUUGGCUGUGUAUAGGGCAGAUGAACCAAUGAACUACACCAUAUCGGGCUGUGUGAGCAAAAGUACAUACAGGCCAAAAUACUGUGGCGUCUGCACAGACAACAGGUGCUGCUCUCCGUACAAGUCGAAGACUAUUGAAGUGAGGUUUGAGUGCCCGGAUGGAACUGGAUUUUUCCGGAAAAUCUUGUGGAUCAACGCCUGCUUUUGCAACCUGAGUUGCAAGAACCCCAAUGACAUCUUUGCUGACUUGGCACAUUACCACGAUUACUCUGAAAUAGCGAAUUAAAUUGGCCGAAUGCUGGAAUGAACCACUGCUCUGAUUUUACAGAGGUUUUAAAAUAAAGGAGAAUCUUCCAUCCAGUGCCAAUGUAACGUUUGUUUCUCAAAGUCAGAGUUAAGUCUCCUUUGUUUAUCCCACUAUAUUGAGAGGCUUUUAAAUAAUGGGAGCUAGGCAGCGAAAUACCUUUAAACAAAAUCGGGCCCCCAACCCCCUGCAAAUCCCAACCAGAGCUGUUGGGGCAGAUUCUGCCGCUCGACUGAUGGAGCUAUAACAAGCUACACCAGCUGACUUGCUGCAGUUGGCUUUUCACUUACCACUGGGCUAAAUCCUGAUGCACUUCCUUUACUUAACCCAUGUUCUGGAAAAACUCUCAUUGGCUGCAAUAGGCAUUCUGCCAGGGUAAAGAAUUAAGGAUUUGAUCCAUACAUUUGUAUCAGGAGGUGAGGAUUAGCCCCAAUCUCUGUUCUCCUUAGCAGUCAAUCAUUCUUUAAUUUAUAGACCCCUCUAUUAGUUCUUUCUGAGGUUUCACUGAGGCCUGGUCUACACUAGAAAAUUGUUGGCUUAACUAUGUUGCUCAGGGGUGUGAAAAAUCCACCCCCCUGAGCGGCGUUUUGCUGACCGAACCCCCCAGUGUAGAAUUUGCCCAUUCCUCCAGACUUCACCUGUCGGGGAGUUGGAGUCGCAUUGCCGAUGGGAUAACCCCUCCCGGCAGCAUAGGCAGUGUUUGUAGUGGUCCAGCUGUGCUGCUGUGGCAUUUCUAGCUCUGAGUCUCCAGCCCCCGAAAACUAGCCCACGUGCACCUGACUCCUGCAUGGGUGCACUAGCUGGGGAGCAGAUGCAAAGAGCCACCCUACCCCCCCCAUCCCCACCCCCACCUCAUGAAACGUCCAGGAACCAAGGAAUGUCGAAGUCCUAGAACUCAGUGACUGCAAGGGCUGCUGUCCGGGGGAGACGGGGGGCAGGUGUGAGUUGUGCCAAUCAUUCCAAAUCAGUGAUCAUGAACCUUCGUACCAGACCCACAUGAUCAUGCUUUUUUCCACCUAAAACUCCGUAAUGCACCAUAAAAGAUUUAUAGUGCUAUAACGCAGCGUGGCCAGAGCCAAGAAAUUGAACCCUGAUCCAAGGGGCUCCAAGGGAUGAAGAGGUUUGUGGCUGGGCUUCUAGGUCAUUCCUCACGCUAGAUGUACCUGAGCUAUGAAGUGAAGAUCAGGAGCUAAACUUUUCCAAAGUCUGAGAGAGUUUGAAUCCAGUGUUCUGAUUCAGGCCAAUCUGUAAAACCAUGUACAUAACCCUGGGCCCUUGUUUGUGGAUAUAUACACACACUUACAUAUAGUGCACCAUAACAUAUUCUCCUAGACACUUUCAGUGGCAAAGAAAGGGACCAGGCAAAAUGAUCAAAGGAUAUAAAAUAACCAGAAUCAUGCUCUAGGGUGCAUUUGUUUAACUUUUUUUCAUAGUGCGAUUAGCUAAGCAUUAGAGAUGCCAAAAUGAACUGUUGGCAGUGGACGUGACGCACCGUUUACAUCAAUGGCUGAAAGACGCUCUUGUGAACUAAUACACGACCAUCAUCUCCAGGAUACGGCCAUUUUCAAGUGAAGUGAAUGCCUAUCAGCCACAGAGCUUUUAUCAAGACAAUUCUGUGUUUCAUUUGUACCAAUUGAGAGAAUAAUAGUGGAAGGAGGUAAACUCCAUUUGUGGUUUGAGAUGGAGACCUUCUCCUAUACUUUCAAGAGAAAUAUGAACCUUGUGGUGCAGAGACUGAGGACAUCUGGGUUCACGUCCUGCCUCUGCCACAAACUUCCUUUAACAAGUCACUUAAUCUCUCUGUGCCUUAGUUCCCCUAUCUGUGAAAUAGGAACAAGAAUCUUAUUCUCUAUGCUUUGUCUGUCUAGUUAAUUUAGACUGUAAGCUCUUCAAGGCAGGACUGACUCUUGCUGUAUGUUUAUACAGUGCCCUAGCACAAUGGGAUGCUGAUCUCCAUUAGGACCUCGCGGUGUUACAGUCAUACAAAUAACACAAUAAUAAUGCUAGGGAGGAAAUACCAAUCUCUGAGCUGGUGCUAGAAUUCUUUUGGUGCUACGUUCUACAGCAAAGAUAAAGCUAAAAUACUCUGUGCUGGGGGGAGGCCACAGACAAGGCCCUUUGGCCCAAACCCUGUUCACUCCAGGCACAAAAUCCCAUGGACGUUCAUGUACUUGUAUGAGGAGGGGUGUGUGUGGAAUUUGAGGGUCUGUUCCUGCUGCGGUCAGCAGCAAACCUCCAGUUGGCUUUGAGGUCAGUAAAUUUGUGAUGUCUCACCCUCUGUGGGCUCUUUACCUCUGUAAGGACUGAAGGCACAAGCCUCAGUGGUUUGGAACCAUUUAAAGCAAUAAGUACA